AUGUCUCUCAAGCAGCUGCUCAAAUCGGCUAAAGGCGCCAUCGAGCGUGGAGACCUAGAACUUGCUCUCGAGUGCGUUGAUGAUGCACUUGACUACGACAAAAACUGCUACUUUGCCUACAUUUUCCAAGGUAAAUCGUACCAGCUUCUUUCACAGCUAGAGAAUGCCACUAAAUCGUUUGAAAAGGCUAUCAAACUCGAGCCAGACAAUCUCUUGGGAUGGAAAGGUUAUUUUCAAGUGGGAAAAUCAUUGGAUGACUACAAUAAGUUUUUCGAAAUACUCACAGGAUACUUGGAAGUGCUAAUUGACCAGGACUUGGGUACUGCCGAAGUUAUCAAGGACGUUUACAACUACUUGAACGCUCGAAAGUACCAAACAGAUGACGAAUUGCAUGAAGCAUUUCUUCGAGCUAUCUUACCAGGCACAAAGUUGGGAGACUUGCUCGAUGGAGCCAUGGGAAAGCCCGAAGACACAUUGAGAAAACUUAUCACAUUGACUAAGAACAGAGAGGCACAGGAAGUGAGACAAGUACUUGCAAAGGAGAAACUCAAGUUACCUCGAGCACUCACACCGACACUUGUGGCGCAAUUGAACCAGUUGGAGUGGAGCAUCCGUGAACCUUACCACCUCUCACAGUUAUACUCAGAUUUCCUCAACUAUUGUCAAGAUGACGAGUUGAGACGCAAGUAUGAGGUAGAGUAUCUCAAGUACAAGUACGAGAUUCUUCGCAUUAUUCCAGAAAAGCGCAAGCUCAUCAAGGAGAUCAAGGAGAUGUGCGAGGAUAUGGUUCUUAUCGAUACAGACGAUAUCUUUGCGUGGUCUCUCCACUUUGACUUGACGGAUCCCAAGACGUUGGCACAUUUGGAUCAAGAUACGGUUUUCAGAUUCAUAUCUAAAUUCGAGAACGAGGGCCUCGGCCUUCUCCUUUUGGCUUUCUGUAUGAGCGAUUUAUCUCCGUUUGAUAAGUCAAAGUUGAAGGACUUGAACUUGAAAUUACUAUCCAAAUCCACCCCUGCACCCGAUGGAGAGGACUUGGAAACAAAUAUCAUUGAAAUGGAUGCUGCAGUUUCCGAUUCUCUCCUAUCUCCCGAUGAAGUGCUUGAAUUGAUGCAGGUGGGCUCAACUAAAGCAUCUAACUCUAUGCUUGCACACCGUAUCAUCUGCAACUAUUACAUUCACUUGCAAGAGUACGAGAUGGCAUCCACAAAAUGUACCAUUGCCACUCGUCAACUUGCAGAUAUCCAACGUUCUUACGGCAUCGACUUGGUCAACUGUAAAGAGGAUAUCUUGUGUCUGCUUGCAACUGUCUACACGUACCACGAGGCCCCUAAGAAUUUUUCUCGGGCUCUUCAAUUGUACGACCGAAUUCUCAAUGACAAUCCCGAGAACAAAGAUGCUUUGAUUGGAAAAGGUUUGAUCUUGCUCGAGAAACGUGAGUUGUCCGAGGCAAGUACCAUGCUUAACCAAGUGGCCUCUAAAUUUCCUGAGGACUGGAGGGCAUUGAGUGAACUUGGAUGGUGUCAAGUUUUGUCAAAAGAUUACAAUGCUGGGCGUGAAACGCUUUAUACGGCUCUUAACAAUAUCCAGGGCUGGAAUCUAUUUGAGGCUAGAGCCAGUGUUCAGUGGAGACUUGCAAAAAGUUUUUUACUUCAAGAACCUGUACAAGAUGGAGGCGUGAAGCGGGCAUAUGAUCUUUUGAUUCAAUCAUUGAAAGACUCCAAGAAUUACGCACCCUCGUUCACUCUUUUGGGAAUAAUCUACAACGACUACUAUAAUGACACCUCCAGAGCACAAAAAUGCUUUUUUAAAGCAUUUGAGAUCGAUGUGGCCGAGGUAACUGCAGCAAAGUACAUUGUCACCGAACUUGCUGAAAAGAACGAAUGGGAGGUCACCGACAUUUUAUGUAAAAGAGUCGUUACUUCCGAAAAGAGUAGAAGAAUCCUAUUUAGUCCUCUUCUCGAGGACUCUGAUAAAUCGUGGCCCUACAGAGUGCUUGGAUGUUCUGCAUUGAACAGACAAGAUGACGCCAAGGCCAUUGAGUGGUUUCAGACAGCUUUGCGAAUGCAAGCGAUGGACACGGAAUGUUGGGUUGGAUUGGGUGAAGCAUAUUUUAACUGUGGAAGAAUUGACGCUGCCAUCAAGGUUUUUCAGCAUACAACCAAAGUGGAUCCAGAUUCGUGGACCAACUUUUACUUCCUUGGAUUGGCUGUUUGCGAAAUCAGAGAUUUCGUAGAUGGAAUUGACCUCUUAAAGAAGGCUUUGACCAUGAGCCCAAAUGAGGAAUGUAUUAUCAAUGCAAUCUAUGAAAAGUGCAUCGACUAUUCGAGCCAGUUGAUUCUUGGAGGAUUCAUUGGCAGGACCCUCGAUACCAAUAAGUUUGCUAUUCAGAAAAUCCAUGAAGCUGUUAACAUUAACCACACUUCACAAAGUUUGUGGAAAUCGCUUGGACAGUGUCUCAAUUUGGCCACUAAAGUCCAAUUCAACAUCGAGAGUUUCCCAAUUGAUACUGUUCUUGCCAUUUUAGAGAAAGUUCCAGGCAUUGAUCAUGUCGACUUCUCCAAAGAAAAAGCUCAGAACUUAUUCAAUGAGGGUAAAUACGUUCAAGCUAUUUCAAUGUUGCAGAUCUUAUCUGCGAAUGCAGCAAUUGCUGUCUUGCCUGCAAAGGUGAGCAAGUUUUUGAGGUCGCUGGCCCACUUCAACAUGGGAUUGGCACUUUUAGAUGCCUUCAACAGUGGAGAAGAAAGACAGACUAUGUUCAGAGAUCAUGCUGUAGCAUCUUUGAAGAGGGCCAUCCAAAUUGAGGGAGGAAAUGCUCUGUAUUGGAUUGCUUUGGGAAAUGCAUAUGCUUCAGCCAACGCCGAGGUUGCUCAACACUGCUUUAUUAAAGCCAGCGUGUUGGAUUCACGCGAUAUUCAAGUUUGGAUCAACUUGGCCGCAUUGUAUUUGCGCUAUGGCGAUACAGAGUUGGCAAAGGAGGCAUUUGAGCGCUCCACAUCUCUUGCACCCGAUCAAUCUGUUUCCUGGUUGGGAGUGGCUUUGACUGCUGAAGCAGAGGGUGACUCCAAGACUGCUUCAAGAAUGACCACCCACGCUUAUGUUUUGUCUAACGGAAGAUCUCCGUUGGCGCAGUUGUGCUAUGCUACGUCUGUGGUCACGCUGAGAAUUGGAAAUGCAAAGAAUGCCAAGGAUGUAGAAGCGGCGCAAGAGUUCAGCAUUGCAAACUACGCUAUCCAAAGCUUCUUGAAGAUGCAGCCAAAUGACGUUACAGGAUUGAAGCUUGCACUUUUGCUCAGUGAGAGAUGUCAGACGUACAACUUGAGUGUCGAUAUUGGGGAGAGACUAUGCCAAUUGUUGGAGCAAAAGUACGAAGAGUCUGAGAGUCUGCAAGUAUUGUUGCAAUUUGCACAAGCAAAGACCCAGUUGGCUAGAAUCUGCUUGGGAAUCGAAGAGUACGAGAAAGCCAUUGACCAUGCACAAUUCACCUUGGAUGUUCUUGGAGAAGAAGAGUAUACAGAAGAGGUACGUGACGCGUUGCUUUCGUCGAGAGUGGUCAUUGGAUUGUCUUUCCUCUUCAACAAUCAGUUCAACGAUGCGUUGGAGGAAUUGAAGAUGAUUCUCAGCGAGCACAGCCAAUCACACCGUGCUGUUACGUUAAUCGCUCAAGUGUUGUUCGCCUACAACACUCCAGAAACUAAGCAGGCGGCCAUUGACCAACUUUUUUCAUUUAUUGAAGAGAACGGAUCGUCGCUUAUGGUUGUGCUCACUUUGGGAGCCAUUUCUGUGGCCGAUAACCUCGAAGAAUACUUCGUUCCUAUCAAGGAAGAGCUCGAAGGCUUGCUGCUUGUCGAGCUUGUAGGUGACGCAAACCGUUUGGUUCCUAAAGUAUUGGCCGAAUUGACCGAACGCAUCACUGGUAAAAAAGAUACCAAGGUGUGGCAGAAGUUUGCCAUGUUGUUUCCUCUGGAUUACAAUAUCUGGUGCAAUCUCAGCCUGAACAUGGCAUUGUCCACGGCAUUACUCUCGGACUCCAAACGUACAGCUCUAGAGGUGUCGCAAGCAUAUGUGAACAAGGGAACACGCAGAGAAGUGCAAAGAGCAUUGUUACUUUGUGCUGAUCUUGGAGCAGCACGCAAGGCGCUUGGGAUUGCAAGUGAAUAA